AUGUCAUCGUUUAUUAGUCAAGCUUAUACUCCAAGUGAAAUUAUAACAAAAUCUAGUAGCAGUGUUAGUCAUACAGCUCCAAACCGAAGUUAUAUGUGUAAAUUUAUUCAUGAAAUAUUGUCAUUAACUGAUCAUGGAAUAGAAAGAUUAAUUCAAAGUGAUAAUUUUCAUUUAUUACACAAUGAUUUUUUACACAAACGAAAUUUUAAUUAUAUUCAUGGUACGUGUUCAUAUAAUGAUAAAAUAUUUGUUGAUUUAUUUUCCAAUUUAAAACCGGACAUGUCUUGGAAUUGUACUACUGGUUCAGGACUUAAUGACUAUUGA